AAAAUUGUGUAAAAUGCUCAUCACACAUUCCCAGAACCCAGAAUUGCUUUUUUACGUCUGACCUACGCUAAAAUGUUUAAUGUACGAUCAGAAUAAACAUAGAAAAGCAGGAAAUCUUCACAUUCGAGAAGCUGAGGGCAGAGAAUGCUUUCGAACUUUUGCUUGAAAAAUUACUUAAGCAAUUAGUUGAUCAAAAUAGUUUCACUUAUUGUUCCAUGUUGCCAUUCGGUAGACCUCACAAUACAUGUCAGUGGUUCAGAUGAAGAGCCUGUGCUAUAUUUCUCUCAGUGUCAGUCAGUCACGAGCUGCUUUCCUGGCAGACUAUUUUUUUCUAGCACCUGUCUGACAUGUGCAUCUGCCCAGUAAAGGCAAAUGACUGCGAGUGUUGUAGAUGUCUGCUAUUUUAAACAACAGCAAGUGAGCCACAGCAUUAGUAGCUUUGCAUUCAUAGGUGAGGCAUGCAAACAGUAGCAUUUGUUUGGUUAAACUAUUUUUGUUUUCUUGCCAAAAAAAAAAAAAAAAACCCCUGCAAACUGAUGUCGACAUCAGCCACUUGGCCACAGUUGCUCAGGGCAGCAGUUUCUCAGGCUGCUUGUGGUGUCGACGCUGCAGGAAAAAGCUGUGCCAGAUUUCUGUAAAGCACAUGAGAGAGAGACGAAGAAAGCAAUCAGUGUGCCUGUGUGUGUGUGUGUGUGUGUGUGUGUGUGUGUGUGUGUGUGUGAGUGUGCGUGUGUGUCACAGUAAAGAAUGUAGGCAUUGUGGAGGAAGACGAGGAGGAGGAGGGAGUGAUGAAUAAGGUGAGGAAGAGAGAAAGAAACGAGGGAAUGCAGGAACUUGGGCUCUGUUGUGCAGGAAUGUUUUCCAUUUGCGAUGUAGUGUGUUUGAAUUGGCCUCUCUCUUUCUGUCAUCCCCCGCCGAACGCUGUCUAGCAAAACAAUAAUACGAUAACAAAGCAUGAGGUUAGAGAUGCGAACAGAGAUGGGAGACACCGAACUGUGUCAGCCUUUUUGUUUUCCCUCACAACUUUGAAUGUGUCUCUGUUAGGCCCCCAGUCAAGGUAGGAGUAAAGGAAGCAUGAAUCCAAACACAUCUGGAGAUCCUCAUACCAGAGGACAGGGAGGAUGAAAAGAAAGGGAAAACCAUGGGAACAGAGACGGCCGAGCCCCCAGAGGGGAUACAUCGAGAGGAAGUGUGCGUCUGUAUAUGUGUGUAUAUGUACGUGCGUGUGUGUGUGUAUGUUCUGUAGUCAGUCAUUGCUGAGUCAUCGCUGGGCUGGCCACGCAGAUAGAAACAGGCUUCUGGGGGGGCCAGCUGCAGGGGCACAGGGGGGCAUGCACUGAGCAUGCUCUGCGAAGUACAGGAAGGGAAUUAGUUGUUGUGACAGGACACAUCCAGGAACUUUAGUGACGCAAUAUUUCACGAUGCCAAGUUUUCACUCCCUCAUUGACGUACACGUCCCCUGGUAUGUUUGAUGAAACGAAUGAAAAAAUCGCGGGCCUGUUGCAUGACACAAUUCACAGCUUUUCUUCUCCGAAUGUCGCCGUUUAGGACACGGAGAAGGAGAGAGAGAGAGCCGAGAGAUAACGAGACAUGUUGCUCCAUGUUUGGCCCGACCACAGCAUAACCCCCCUCCCCACCCGCACACCCCCCACCCCUCUAUUUCUUGUGGUUUUCUGUGAUCUGUUGGACCACAGUCUGUGACUCCCCCCACACCAACCCACACACACAGACACACUCAUACUUCCUGUAUUUAGAAUAGACCCUUCUCUGCUGCACUGGAGGAAGAUGCAGUGAUUCUCAGCCGGUCUGGUUACUGCAAUGAAUGGUAACACUAUCCAUCCAGCCAACACCACCACAACAACAGGAGGAGGCCCUGGCGUCGCAGCGCCCCCGAGAGGCUGGAGGGAGUUCUGCGAGCUGCAUGCCAUCGCCACAGCCCGGCAGCUGGCCGGACACUACCGAAGCUUCGCCAGAGAGUGGCCGCAACAUGACGUGCUCCCACCAGAGACAUUUUCCAAGCAGUUUACUGACCUCUUCCAGAAGCACUUCUGCUGCGAGGUCGACAAAGAUGGCACUCCUCUCAGCCAGAACACAUGCUCUAUUGCCACAGGUAGUGCAUCUUCCACAUCUCCAGUGGCCCGUCCCCUUCCAUCACAGCCUGUGACUGGUCGAUCACGGAUCACAUCUUUGUCUGGGGUGCAGGACUAUCGGGAGGCAGGCCGGCCAAGUGGAGGAGCUGCCUUGUUUACUUUGGUGCCACCAAAGGUGGAGCCGGUGGUGGUGAGCCGGGAACAGGAGCAGCCGCUACGAUGUGCUGCGGGAAACUCCCUGUCAGGAAACCCAGUGGUGCUCAGAGGGUCGACACGCAGCGUUGGCAGUGGGUCACUGCUGAUUCACAGCCAUAGCAACGAGGAGAUCUCUGGCGCCGACCGUCGUCAGGUAUCUCAACGGUACUCAUCUGACUCCUCAGCCUCCAACCCUGGACAUGCUGACGUCACACACUUCUCUGUCAGUCAAAUCCAGGAGACUGUGAGAAGGAUUUUCAAGAAACGACCCAUCCCUACCACCCCCUUAUCCCAGGACCUGUCCCCAAGCAGCCCCAUCCCCACCAACAACAACAGCAGCAGUCCCCCAAAUAAUGGUGACAGAGUGGGUGGGAUUUCCUCCACAAAUGAGGAUGUAUCAUCCUCCUCCUCUUCCUCCCACUCUUCCUCUUGUCUGAACUCUGAAGCCAACCCCCCAGGCGCUUCACAUUGGUCUGUGGCCGGAGUAGCCUCUCAAUUCCUGGAUCGUUUUCGUAGGUUACGCAGCAGAAGCAUGAGGCAGAGGAGGUCAGAGGUGAGUGGCUGCUGUAAAGAGGGCCAACUGAGGUACUUACUGGUGGAUGACACUAUCUCAGACUCUCAGCCCCGCUGGCAACGCUGCCGCCUGCUGGUCAGGAGGAUCAGGGAUGCUCCAGGAGGAGGAGGAGGUGUGAGAGGAGGAGGGGAGAAGUACCAGUUGGAGCUCUAUGAUCCACCAAAGGCCUCCAGCCCCAAGCUGACGACUCAGUGCUCCGAUAUCCAAGAAGUCCGUCGUUGCAACCGACUGGAGAUGCCCGACAACUUAAACACAUUUGUUUUAAAGGUUAAUCGAGGUAGUCUGAUAUUUGAGACCGACAACGACCAGCAGGUCAGCUCCUGGACCACAGAGCUAAAAGAAUGUAUCAACAACAGGUCAGGCAGCGUGGAUCUGGAGCCCCUCCCCUCUCCAGCUGAAAGCUCUGUUCCAGCCAAUCGCAGAGGAAGCUCAGCAUCAGCGAGUCAAAGCCCCGUCACCUUCACCCCACCAGAGCAGGUUAUCCAGAAGACAGAUCACUUCCUCUUCUCCUACCCCUGGUUCCACGGGCCCAUCUCCCGCGUCAAGGCGGCCCACCUGGUUCAGAGCUCUGGACCAGAGGGACACGGAGUGUUUCUGGUCCGACAGAGUGAGACACGCAGGGGAGACUAUGUCCUCACAUUCAACUACCAGGGAAAAGCAAAGCACCUGCGCCUCUCUCUAACAGAAUGGGGUCAGUGCAGGGUGCAGCACCUGCGCUUCCCCUCUGUUAUGGACAUGCUCAGUCACUUCCGCCUCUUCCCCAUCCCACUGGAGUGUGGAGCCGCUGGUGCCGUCACACUGUCCAGCUUUGUAGUGGCGGGCUCCAGCCCUCCGUCACAGGGUCAGCUGUCAGGCGCUCUCCUGGUCCCUUUCUCCCUCCACCGUUGGAGCUCAGAGCCUAGUUUGGCUCACUGCAGCUUGGCUCGCAGCUCCAGUCAGCCCCCUUCCUCCUGCUCCGCCACCAGCACCGCCUCCAGCCCCAGCUCUGUUUCCCAGUCGGCGAACCACCCAACCGUUCGCACCAACCCGGUCCCUGACCCUCCUCAUCAGUCGGCCCCUGCUCCUCUGCACCGGAGUGAAUCAGUGGGGCGGAGAUCCCUGCUUCGCCACUCCACCCACCACCACACUCCCAUCAUCCCUCAGCGGGACUCGGAUUAUGAGCUGGAGCCUGAGCGGGGCCGCAAACGGGCGAUAGACAACCAGUACAUGUUGCUCUGACCCGCCGAGUCAAACACCUCUAUCACCUCUGAAAGACAGGAGUCACCUGUGAAGCCAACAUACACACACACACACGGAAACACGCAUUCACAUAGUCGUGUACACAUCAUACAGACACAUUUUGUCACUCUCCAGCCAGCCUCAUGAAGGUGUGAGACAUGAUUACAGCAGACUCAUGAACUUGAGCGAACAAGUCUGUCGUCUGAUAAAUGCAUAGCACUGUGUAUGUCGAAACAUGCACACACUCGCUAUGUCUGAGCUGAGUGUGUGUUCACCAGUGUCAGACCCUCACAACCUCCACCCCGAGUGUCCACAGUGAAUGUAUUUUUGGGAGUUUUAUUACAGUGUUGACAAUGAUGAUUAUUCAUGUUUUAUUGAUGUUGAGGGUCUGUGUGAGAGAGGAAGAGCCACAUAUGUAGCUGUCCUCAAGCCCCCCCCCCCAAAAAAUAUUUUAAAAUAUUUCUAUUCUGGUGAAUUUUAACAAGGUAUGCUUGAUUUAACUUCUUUGGCACUUAACCUGGACUGAUGGGAAAGCACCGCCUGCAGACUUGGUUAAAUCAGGUGCUCCUUUAAAAUAUAUAUAUAAAAAAAAACAUUUACUCUUCACACAAAGUUACCAGUGUGGAGCAAACUCCCAUGUUUUUCUACAAACACAAACAAAAAGCACUCUAUUUUAGAGUGUUAUUACACUUUAUUAGAUAUUCCUCCUCUUGCGCUUAUGAUAUAUUUAAGUGCAUGUCGCUUUCAGUGCACUUUGGAAACAAUGUGUAUUUUUUCUAUACACAGAUUUUUUUUGUAGAAAAAUUAAAUUUUCAAAAAAGUAAAAAGGGGAAAACUUGGUUAAAAUCAGUUGGGAGCUUUUUCUAGAAACUUAUCGAGCAUCACAUCCACUCCAUCAAACCUUCGCCGAAGCAAUUACAGAGAAAUGAUUCGAGAUCAGCUUUAAUCAGCACUGUUUUUACCUGAAGCAGUGGGAAAUUGUUGCUGUUUGUGGUGGGUGUGUGCGUGUGUGUAUGUGCGUUUGGAUGAGGCCAUUGUAAUGUAUGUAAGAUGAGUGAAAGUGUCAGUUAUCAGCAUGUUUGUGCUGAUCUCAGUGUGUUGCAGAAUCUGCCUUAGAGUCUGUGAGUGAAUUUGUGUCGCACCAGUCACUGCUGGGUUUUCCAAAAUCAGUAUCAAGAGUCUUCGUAGUGUCACAUUACAAGCACCAAAGGCAUUAUGUGCACAAAAUUAACAUGGUCUCACAGAAAUAAUUUCUGCCACAAAAUCAAAGAAAAUGGAAUGAUGUAAUAAUAAUAAUAAUAUAUAUUUCUAUUGUAAGCAUAUAUUUAUGUAUAGAUAUACACACAUAAUAUAUAAGAGCUUUUCUCUGCAGGAUACUAGUUUAUCUCGUCCUGCUGGCAACACGAUGAUGACAAAAUAUAUUUUGUGGCACAAUACAUUCGCCACAAGUACUUAUUUAAUUUAUUUAAUCCCAAGCUUUACAAAAAAUGAUGACAUAUUAAUUAUAUAAAAUUAACUCUACUCCAUUUUAUUGAUUUUGUGGCAUAAAGAGUAUUCUGUGUCACCAAAAUGAGACCUGGCACCCCAAGGUGAAUUUUAAUCACACAUAAAGCAAAAACAGGCAUCCAAUAGAAGACUUAAACUUGAGAGGCUUCACUCCAAAGAGCGUGAGAGGGGGAAACACUCAAUGUACAGACCAAAAUGAAGUAGGAAUUUAAUCUAAGUCAGUAAAUUUGCCCAAUCUUGGUGUGGAUUCUCCACAAAAGUGAGGGUUAAAGCGCUGGAAACUUGAGUCCAGGUUUAAAAUGUUUGAAACCUUUUUCAAAUCAGUUUUGUGGUGGUUUGAUAAUCUAGCAUUAAACCCUUUAAGGACUUUUAGAAGUGGACGGUGAUAUGAUGCAACUGCUGAAAAACAGAGUGACACUGAAAUCACACAGGUGCCUCUGCCAAUAUUAACAUUAUUUUUUUUUAUAGCUUUAGGCAAAUCUUGACUCUGCGAGUAGCAUCAUGUCUCCAGUUCUACUUUUUACACCAAGAGCAUUAAUUUUUUUUCUUACUAUUUUCUGUACAACUUCACCACAGCAGCCAAUAGAAAAACCCAAGGAAGGACUGUGAAAAUAAUGUAUUUUUACUUUAUACAUUUUUUUAAUAGAACUUCCAUGUUUUAAUUUUAGGCUUUAUGAGGAAGGUUUGGUUUCAGUCAGAGCUUCAAAGCUUUGAAAGUGUCCACAUGUGAUGUGAGAUGUUACACCAAUGAUCAGACGUUGUUCCUCUGUGCAAUUCAGUCUUUGCUCCGUAGCUUUACAUUACUGUGCUCUUCAGUUAGGUUUUAUGACCAGUCAAUAAUUUCAGGUGCCUUCUGAUUCUGUCAUCAUUCCUUUAAAGGUUUAAACCACCAGUUUAAAGCUGCACUGACUAUAACAGAUAGAUUAUAGAUAGUACAUCACUCGACUCAGGUGUGAAAUUUAGCUGAUCUACUACAUUUAGUUGGAUGCUUUUCUACAGAAAAAUGCCAGACAAACAAGUCUUUAUCAAAGACAGCAGCUCUCAUCUGUUGCCCAGUUCGUUUGUGGUGUUUCAUCUCAUCCACCACCAGGUCUGAGCUUCCUCAAAAGCAUCUAAAGACCUGAGUUAUAACCCAAACUGAUUGAAACAUUACUUCUUUCAUAACAUCUAUGUCACAUCUGAGUAGUUAUUUUUGGAAAACAGAUGCAGAAUAUCCCAUAAACAGUGAUCUAAUUUACCCACAGAUGAAAUAUCAAUUUUUCUGUAAUUUUGUUUCAGUAACUGAAGCUUCACUUCCAUUAGCAGCGGGAUGUCUUUGGGAAAUUGCGUGCUAGGACUUUUCUGUUUGUCUUCUAACUUUGCUUUAACACUAACUUCAGCAGUUGAUUUUAGAUUCACCUUCAGUAAACCUGUGCUUAAUGUAUGGUUUAGACUUGACUCUGCCCUCUUUAUCAUUGUAGUUACCUGUUAUGUUCUUUUAGAGCAAAAUACAUAAAUGCAACUUCAUUUCUUCAUGAACAUGACCAGAGUAAGUCCGCUGUGAUUACUCCUCUUGUUACGCAAUAAGUCGGCUUUGUCUACCAAAGGAACAUUUUUACAAUGGUUGUGUAGUUCUCUUUCAUGUAUCAUCAUGAUCAAAACUGACAUCUUUGAAGUGUUUAUAAGGGGAACAAAAACAAGGACGUUUUUGGCAAAAGUACGGUUGGUCUUCCUGUCUUUAUGCGCCAGAGUCUAAACAAAUCCCCCGUCACUCUGUUUCAUUUCUGCUAAAGGAAAGCAACGGUAACAAUAACUAUUUUGACUAUCAGUCCUCUCUCCAUGUUCUCUGUUUUUUAUUAGGGAGAAUGACUGUGCCUUUGCCAGAAAGCUGCUGUUGCUUUUCCCCUUUUUAAAAAAGCUCAGGGUGUGAUGUGGUGCAGAACUUGUGUAGUGCAAUAUCUGAAAGAUGCCCAGUGCUUCACACCUUUUUUUUUUUUUUUUAAACAUAUGUGGGGAGCGAUCAGAGGCUUCUAGAUGGAUGAAUUAAUCGUGUGAGAAUUCAACGUUUGCACCUGCUCAUAGACUGAAGGAAAAAAAAAAACAGAAAACAAGCUAGGGCUGUCCAAUUUUCCUGUCGCUUCACAGCUUCUAAUUUUGUUUCAUGGUUCACGCCAGUUUGUCUCCAGAAUCGAGUUAAUGCUAGAGAACAUCCCCGUGUACCUCAGGUGUCCUUUAAUCCUCAACAUCCGCUCCAGCAAACACCUUUUUUCCCCCCAUCCCUUAUGUUUAUUUUAAAAUGUCCAGUUGCUGAAUGUAAUGUGUUCUCAAUACUGUUCAUUCUGUUUGUUAACUUAGCACUGUAAACAUUCCAGUUUGACCCAACGUCCCCCACAACUGCCAAUGAAAACCACAACAGCUUUUAAAAUCUGUCAUUUGUGUUUGCAUCCCUUUUCAGUUAUAAGCAUCUAAAUUAUAUUAAAGAUAUAUCAACUGUAUAUUUGACUUUUUGUAAAAUAAACCUAACCAAAAAAAAAAAAA